GCCUUGUAAUUAUGCACGGAUAACCUUUGAUUUUUCCCUAAACUUCUAGAAAAAAGGUAAACAAACUAGCAAAAUGUCAAAUUCAAUAUCGAUUCCGCGAAAGCUUCCACUUUUGUUGGUCGAAGAUAAUGUCCUCCUACCUGGAUCAUCAAUGCGGAUUCCCGUUCGCAACAUGAUUAAUAUGAACAUGGUAAAGAGCCACUUACUGAGCAGGAAUACUUUGAGCAGUACUAUUGUAGGAGUUAUACCUAGAGAGCCAGUUGAUGAUUCACAGACAGAUGAACUGUCAGGCCUACAUUCUAUUGGAACAGCAGCUGUUGUUGUGCAGGUAACAGGAACAAACUGGCCCAGGCCAUCAUACACCUUGCUGGUUACUGGCUUGUGUAGAUUUAGACGGGAACAAUUGCUGCAAGAAUCACCAUUUCCAAUAGCAACAGUGACACAACUUGACAAACUUUCAGAUGAUGCUGAAGAUGAUCUAAACAGUAAUAGAGAGCUGGGAAAUCUGGCUGAGAAUUUUAGAGAGCAGGCAUCCAAACUAGUUGACAUGCUUGAUGUCUCUAUACCAGUCGUAUCUAAACUAAAGAGAAUGCUAGAGAGUGUACCUAGCCAACAUCUGCCUGAUAUCUGUGCAGCUAUGGUUAAAGCUUCGUACACAGAGAAAAUACAAGUGCUAGAUGCUGUAGAUCUUCUCGACAGAUUUAAGAAAGCCCUACCUUUACUGAUGAGGCAGAUUGAAGGGCUGAAGUUGUUACAGAAAGCUAAAAAGGAUCGAGCAUUGGUAAUCAAGGACUCUCGUAAGGAAGGUGGGCGGCCAGGAAAUAUGAGACGUAUAUUCCGUGGUAAGAUGAAGAUGGACAUUGAUGAUGAUGAUAAUGAGGAUAAUGAUGAACUACAUGACCUUGAAGCUAAAAUAAAGCAAGCAGAAAUGCCUGACCAUGCACAUAAGGCAGCAAUAAAGGAGCUGAAAAGAUUGAAAAAGAUGCCUCAACAUAUGCCUGAACAAGCUAUGAUUAGGAAUUAUUUGGAACUAAUGGUUGAGUUACCAUGGUCUAAGAGCACCAAGGAUUCACUUGACUUGAAACAGGCUAGAAAAGACAUGGAUGCUGACCAUUUUGGACUAGAGAAAUUAAAGAAAAGAGUGCUUGAAUAUUUAGCUGUCCGACAACUUAGGAAGUCGCUAAAAGGUCCUAUCCUUUGCUUCAUUGGACCACCGGGUGUAGGGAAGACAAGCGUUGGAAAAUCUAUAGCUCAUACACUUGGCAGGGAAUUUCACAGGAUUUCCCUCGGAGGUGUAUGUGACCAGUCAGAUAUCCGAGGUCACAGGAGAACUUAUAUUGGUUCAAUGCCUGGUAGAAUUAUACAGGGGCUUAAAGUGAGUGGGACAAAUAACCCUGUCUUCCUCUUGGAUGAAGUUGACAAACUGGGUAAAAGCUUACAUGGUGAUCCGGCAGCCGCCCUACUUGAGGUCCUAGAUCCAGAACAGAAUAAUACUUUCACUGAUCAUUAUCUAAACGUGCCCUUUGACCUUUCCCAAGUUCUAUUUAUAGCUACAGCAAACAACAUGAACACAAUUCCACCAGCCCUUCUAGACAGGAUGGAAGUUAUUCAUGUUCCAGGUUACACACAGGAAGAGAAAGUGAACAUUGCUGUUCAACAUCUUAUACCCAAACAGUUAAAGGAUCAUGGACUAACACUAGAACAGCUCCAGAUUCCUGAUGACAGUAUUAAAAUCAUAAUUUCUAGAUACACAAGGGAGUCUGGAGUAAGAACCCUCGAGAGGAAGAUUGCAGGGUUGUGUCGAGCAGUAGCAGUAAGAGUUGCUGAAAGUUCGUACCAGACAAAACGUGACAAACUGGACAGUCAAUACUCAGAGAAGGAUAUAAAGAAUGAUAAGCUAAAGGACAUUACCCACGAUGCAUCAGCUCUAGCUCAUCCUCCGGAAAUGCCGAUUGUAAUUGAUGAAAGUGCAAUAGAGGACAUACUUGGUCAAGCAAUGUAUGAAAGUGAAGUUGCUCAACGACUGAUUCACCCAGGAGUUGCUGUAGGCCUGGCCUGGACACCAAUGGGUGGAGAAAUAAUGUUUGUAGAGGCUUCAUGCAUGAAGGGGGAGGGGACGCUGACUUUGACCGGACAGCUGGGAGAUGUUAUGAAGGAGUCUGCCAAUCUUGCCAUGAACUGGGUGAAAACACACGCUAGAAUGUUUCACUUUGAUGAGAAGGAGAUAUCUAAGAUGGACGUACAUAUACAUUUCCCAGCUGGGGCUGUUGGCAAGGAUGGACCGUCUGCUGGUGUUACCAUAGCAACAGUGCUGGUUUCCCUCUUUACCAAACAUUGUGUACGUUCAGAUACAGCUAUGACAGGGGAGAUUACUCUCAGAGGAAUUGUCCUGCCUGUUGGAGGUAUAAAAGAGAAAGUGCUUGCUGCACAUAGAGCAGGUAUCAGGAGAAUUAUCCUACCCAAGAGGAAUGAGAAAGAUUUACAAGAAAUUCCCAACAAUGUUAAGGGUGAGUUGUCAUUUAUAUUUGCUGUGGAACUAGAAGACGUGUUGAGAGCCGCAUUUGAAGAAACCCUUCCAUCCCUGGAACCAGCUGUUUCAAGCAAAUUAUGAGUCCAUGGGAACCAGUCAUUAUUUCAAGCCACAUCUGUGAUCAUUUAUACCAAAAGGAUAAAAAAUUUAUCUGGAAAACUUAAUUUAACACAAUCAGUGCUAAUAAAAUACAUUUUCAUUUUGUGUAUUUUCCAACUUGAAUUAUCAAAAUCUUUGUGUUAAUAAAUGAUACUGAUACAGUUGCAAGGUAGAGUGUUCAUUAGCUCGAACAUGAUAAACUACAUGUAUAUAAAACAUGAAAGUAUACCUUAAAUUACGCAGAUAUAUUAUUUGUGAUAAGAUAAGUGUGUUUGUGUUUACAAUAUUUACAAUAUAAAAGUAAUUUACUUUAAAUAUUACCAUCAAUUGCAUUGAUGACAAAAUAUGUAUUUUUUAUACUUCUGCUCUGUGUAGAUUGAUUGAGGUAAUUGAUUUAUGCAUUUUGUAAUCAAAUUAAAACAUUAAAAUUUUCAUUUUAUAUAAAUUAUGUAUUUAAUUAAUUAAGAAUAUUAAGUUACUCGAUGUGUAGUCACUAUCACUAAUCAGUUUAAGGUUUUGAUUUGCACUAUGCAUGAACAAUCAGUGAGAAAUACUGAUUUAAAAUUUGUUGAUUGUGCAAUUUUUUAUUACUAUGUAUUUGUAUUUGGUAUGUAAAUAUUCAAUGUGUAAACAAUUAAAGAGUCUAUGAUUUAUACUUUGUCUAAUUAUGUUUGUUAAAUUGGAAAUUUGUACUCUAAGACUGAAUGGCUGUUGAGAAUAAAAAUGUAAAUUGUGUUUUUUUCUGUUUUAAAUGAAAGGAUAUCAUUACAAAAAAGUAUAAUCAUUGUAGCUUCAUUGAUUUUUGAUUCAUUUUUUUUAAAUUUGAUAUUUCUAAGUUCUUACAAUGGAGCAGUACUUAGAAGAUUUUGAUUAUAAAUGAUAAUAAUUAACUGUUAAUAAAUGUAAAAAACGA